AAACCAGUCCACACUAAUCCACGAUCAGCGUUUAAACCACCGCAGAGAUAAUUAGGACACAGCGGAAACGUCGUGUAGUUGCUACAUACUUACAGGAGAGAAUGGCGGCUCUUUUGGAAUCGCUGUUCCGCGGAGACGUGGAGUUGUGCAGGGUUGUGGACUGGCUGCGGGGACAAACUGAUUAUACCGAAGGCCAAGAGCUACUGUUAACAGUCAGAAAACACGAGUUUGUUCCAUUCCUCCUGAACUUCCUGAGGGACCAGAGCAGUAAUACUCUGACUCAUGGCCCGAGCACCCCAGCCAAGACCCCCAGCACCAGCAGGUCUCUUCGAACUCAGAGCUCCUCGAACGAGCGCAGGGUAUCAAACAGAGCAUCGGCAAGCCAAGGUUCUCGCAGUGCCAGUCGUGUUCAGCUCUUCUCACCUGCUCCAUCCACAUCGCAACUGGACAAUCGGAGCGAGCAGGACAGUCCGCUGAUGACUUCUCGGAGUCUUACUGGUAUAAGUGCUUUCAGCAGCCCAUCGUUUAGCUCGGGAUGGAGUCCUGCUCCUAGACAUGUGGCGUCUGAACGCCGAUCUGCUCAGCGCCAUUGUCUUGCUGACUUUAUGACUUCACCUCCAGACAUUCAGGCCAGCCCUACAUUUCAGCCACAUAAAGGGCGCAGGAAAAGCAGCGGGUUUGGAGCAUCUGCAUCAAGCCGCCAGACUGGAUUGCGUGGUGGAUAUAUGGCAGACACUGGUGGUUGUGAUGGCGCAGGGAGGAACAGAGCUGGAGGGAGGACUAGUGAUCCAGUUUCACCCCCUACACAAGUAGAGCUUAACUUUAACAAUUUGGAAGACUUUCCCCCAAUGAGUGCAUCUCAAGCCACCCCAAUAGCAACAAGACCAUCACGGCGCAUCAACCCAACACCAGUAAGUGCCGAGCGACCAAACUCUAAACCUAAGAGCUGCUUUACUUCCACACCCCUCAGUAAGCCGUGCAGUCCUCCUUCAAUCCCGGAGGCAGCGGGUACUGUGCAGGGUACUGGGAGCCCAAUUUGUCUGCAGGAGGAGAGGGAACUACUAAAGAAAGAAAGAUCUAAACUUGCACAGCAGAGCAGCUCCCCACUGAAGCCCAGUGCUGUUGUUUGCACUCCGACCAAAUCGAUAUUGAAGUCAGGUUCAAAGGUGACUCCUGAUCCCCAGCUACCCUGUCCCGACCCCACUAAAGUGACUUAUGCACCAGAACUUGAGCUUUUAGCCGAGUUGUACUGUGCAUGUAUUUCAGAGAACCUGGUGCCAUGUGUGUUCUUGGAGCUGUUCUUUGUGCUGCAGCUGCUGACUUCACGUACUGUCUCAACCCCUGAACCUACAGAAGGGUGUCCCAGUGUGUGUGAGAAAAAGACAGAUUUUCUUGAAAGAACUUACUUGGGAAAUGUCCACAGCUGUGUGUAUUUUGCAGUACGAGUUCUGGAAAAUCAGUUCGCUUUGCUUUCGCACCUGGACCACUGCACGCUGCGCCUCCUGGCAGAGAAUGAAAGAGUAGCCAGUUUCUCUACAGCCCUGCGCGAUCGCCUGGCACAAGCUCAAGAUACCAGCACAUCUAAGGUACUACCCAGCCAUCCUACUUUUAUUCAUACGGUGCCGUUCCAGCCAGCCACUGACAACCGGACUAAUUUCAGCAGUGAUAAAGCCUUCCACAUCUUUAAAAAACAAAGAGACAUUUUUUAUGAGCUAUUAAGAGAGUGGGAAGAUUAUCAUAAUGAGCCAGGGUGGGAGUUCGAAGCUGCACUUGGCCACCGGGUCAGGGGAAUGGUCAGUCAGUUAACUGCAGCAGGAAACCAUUGUCACUUUGCCAGGCUUUUCCAGAAGCAGCUGGUUCAGGUAUGUAAAGGCCACAAGGAGCUCAACUCGCCUGGUGACACUCCAGAUGCAGGUCUGCUGGGCAUGGUGGGGGCAGACAGUCUGGGGAGGCUGAAGCGCCUGCAAGAGCGUCUGAUCCAGCCGCAGGCUCUAAGUGGCCCUUGCCCCCCACCCUCUUUUCCUGGACACCAGGAGUUCUUCAGAGAUUUCCUACAGACAGCUAGCUGCUGCCAGCUGAAUCAACACCUGAAGGAUGGUUUGUGUCAGCAGCUACUGCAGUUGAAUGAGGUGUCUAUCCUGGGCCCUGAUGCCCCCUCAACCACAGGAGAGGAAGAAGGAGAUGGAGACAUGGAGCAGCAGGAUGAGAAGCAGCGAUUCUUUUCAGUACUCCUCGUUGCUCGACUUCUCGCCAAGUUCCUGGGCUUCAUCUCUUUUAUGCCUUACCAGACCUCUGAGGCACCAUCCAGAGAGAUCCAGGUGGCUGCCAUUGCUCUGCGCAGUAAGAGCGCCCCAGCACUCGAUGUGUCUGAAGUGUUGAGGAGUUGUGUACGCAGGAAACGCACUGUGCUUACUGUUCCCUGGCUGGUUGAGUUCCUCUCCAUGCUGGACUACACUGGCCCUUUUCUGCCCUGCUACAGGACUGCCCUGAUCCUCCUACUUCAAAUCUACAGGAGGAUGAGGUUGGGGAAAGUUGGAGAGCAGUAUUACUUGAAUCAGAUGAUGUUGGUGGCAGUUCUGGGUUGGCUUUUCCAGAUCCCAGUCUUUCCAGAUGAUCUGUUUUUUAGCAUUGAUGUGCAGGAACUUGAUCUGGAAAAUGACACAAGCACUCAUGGGCUGGAUAAUCUCCCCUUAGUGGACCAGCAGCUUCUCUAUACCUGCUGCCCAUAUUUAGGGGAAUUUCGCAAGCUGUUGGCAGCAUUUGUGUCAGGAAGCGCUUCCAAGGCUGGAGGCUUGAUCCGCAAGAUCACACCUACAUCUGCUGAGCCCAGAGGUCCCUCCAUCACUCGCUCUCAGCAGAAAUUACAGCUGGAUCUGGAGCAGGCCUUCUUUCAUAAUCAGCCUCCUUCACUUAAACGGACGGUAGAAUUUGUGGCUGAACGAGUUGGAUCUAACUGUGUCAAACACAUCAAAGCCACAUUAGUGUCCGAGCUGUUGCAAGGUGGAGAGAAAACACUCAGGGGCGGUUUGGGUUCAGAAAACAUUAAUGCAUCCAAGCUGAAUGACUCAAUCUGUGCUCAGCUCUGUGAUGCAGGCAUGCAAUCCCUGGAGAGAGCCACCAGGUUUUGCAGUGAGAAUGCUCCAAGAGCUGUAAGGGUUCUUUUGCCUGACGAGACAUCUCAAGCUGUUCUGACAACAGCUGAGCGCAUUACCACACGUUUGGCAACUGAGAAAGCCUGCAGCUGGCUCUCCUCCAAUAUAACAACUCUUAUGAAGAGGGAGUGGAAGAGUACUUUUGAACGUGUGAUGAAGAAUGUGCAAUGUCCUACAAGCACUGAGUCUGUGGAUGCAGGAGGAUCUGGCAAAAGUGCCCAAACACAGAAGAGCUCGUCAGGACAGGAUGUUGUGUCCGCAUGUCCACAAGAUUGCUCCCACAAAGGCCCACUGGCAUCAGAUGUUAUUAUUGAGAUAAAGGAGGUGCUGAGCAUCGCAGUAGGGCCCAGGUCUGAAAAGGAAGUUUUUACAGUUCAACAGAUCAGCUCUCUGCUACAUAAAGUAGGACAGACAUUAAGAUGUAGAAAGUUCAUGUCUUCAGUAGCUGAGCAGAUGCUCUUGCGUUGUACUGUCUUGUUGGCCUGCAAGCUAGUGUCAGAAGAGCUGCCUAUGGUGUCCUCAGCUGGGGGCAACAGGAAAGAAGCUGUUGAUGUUGUAUCUUUACUGAAUGAGUUGGUUGAUCUGUGGACUCAUGCUUCCUCUCCCCAUGUGACUUUGCACCUUCUCCUCAGUGAAUCUGUGCUCACUGCUAUUAUAAACGCCAGUGACCUGCAGAGAUAUAACUACUUGCUCUUCAUUACAACGCUUAUAGAAAAAGGCCUUUUGAGAAAUGAAGAAGUGGGCUCAAACUGGGCGAAGCUGACAGAGUUAUCUUUUACAGUGAAAUCUAUUGAGAAUUUUCAGAAGCUGUCUCUGGCCUCUCCUUCACCUGUGCCUCCCAUGAAAACUAAUGACAUACUGCAGAUAUCCCAGUGACCAAAAGAGGGAGACACCUACACUACAUGUCAAGAAUAUAUAACCGUAAAAAACUGAGUUCACUUUAGCAGUUUGGUUUUAAAACAAUUUUAAUCACUCAGUUUAUUAGAUAAUGAACAUUUGAUACUCCAGUAGCACUUUCAAUUUACUUGGCAAUUUUCUGAUGCAUAGCAAUUUUAAAAAAAUGUUUUGACAGCUUUUAAGCCUUAUUGCAUCUAUCCUGCAUCUCCAUAUUUUGUAUUUGCCUUGAUUGAGACAGUUGCAUUGUACUGAAAUCUGAUUUGCUUGUGGUGCAAUAUUAUAGCAUUUGGUUAGUGUAGCAUUCGCAAUCUUUUUGCACCUCAGAUUAGGAUUUCACUUUAAGUGUAAGUGGAUAUUUCUUUUUUAUAGAAAUGAUGACAUACAAAUAAGUCUUUUGAGGUGGGUGGGGUGUAAAAGCUGUUUAAAAUAUGCAUUUUUUUUUUUGUUUGUUUCGGCCACCAUUUUGACUGAGAGCUUUUGGAAAUAUUUUUGUAGUACUUCCAAAUAGCAAAUGGAACUGGUGCAAUAGAUCCAGACCUUACACUUGCUUAGAUAUUUGAGUGUAAAGUACAGUUUAUGGCCGAAAGUUUGUGAACACCUCAUCACCACACUUGUAUGUGCUUUUGAACAUUUCUUUAACAUGUUUAACAGGUUCUGAUAUCAGUGAGGUGGUUUGAGGUGUAGUUGUUGAUCGAGUUCAUCCUUAAGGUGUUAAGUGGGCUUGCUCGGGGCUCUGUGUCGGCCAAACAAGUUCUUCCACACCAGCCUUGACAAACCAUGUUUUAUGGACUUUGCUUUCUUCACAAGGGUGUUGUCAUGCAAAUGUUUGCAUUACCCACUUAGGAAAACAUAAAUGCUACAGCUUAUAAUGACAUUGUAUACAAUCGUGUGCUUUCCACUUUGUGCUCACCACAGUUUGGGCAAGAUUCACAUAUCGGUGUAAUGGACAGGUGUCCACAAACUUUCUUUGGCUAUAUAGCUAUAUACACAGGCACAUUUGUUGUACAUCUAUCAGUGAAAAUGCUGUAUCUAUGCCUAAAUGAAUGGUACGGAUAUUUCACUGAUAGAUAUUCACAUCAUAUUAACUCAUUUAUGUUUUGCAUCUUGUUGAUUGUUAUACUUUUAUCCAUUCUCUAAUAUGUCUUUGUAAGUGGAAUUGUUGCUUAGAAUGCUUUGAACUGCAUUUUAAUGGACACCUGGUUCAUGUUGGACUUAAUGUUGUCAGUUGGUUUUAAACUGUUUAAUCUCAAGAAUAUAAUAAAUAUUUAGUAAUUAA